AGGUCUUCCUUUUUCCGUUGGUUCACCCCCCUAAUGGCUGCUACGGCCGGCAUGGCCAGCACGCUGCGCUGAUCCGAAGCCAGGAGCCAGGUGCUUCCUCCGGGUCUCCCAUGCGGGUGCAGAGCCCAAGCACUUGGGCCAUCCUCUACUGCCUUCCUGGGCCACAGCAGAGAGCUGGACUGGAAGAGGAGCAACCGGGACAGAAUCCGGCGCCCCGACCGGGACUAGAACCCAGAGUAACAGUGCCACAGGUGGAGGAUUAGCCUAGUGAGCCGCGGCGCCGGCCCAAAUAAAUAACUCUUUAUUUUUUUAUUUAGUUAGUUAGUUAUUUUUUGACAGGCAGAGUGGACAGUGAGGGAGAGAGACAGAGAGAAAGGUCUUCCUUUGCCAUUGGUUCACCCGCCAAUGGCCGCCACAGCCGGCGCGCUGCGGCUGGCGCACCACGCUGAUCUGAUGAUAAGAGCCAGGUACUUAUCCUGGUCUCCCAUGGGGUGCAGAGCCCAAGGACUUGGGCCAUCCUCCACUGCACUCCCUGGCCACAGCAGAGAGCUGGCCUGGAAGAGGGGCAACCGGGACAGAAUCUGGCACCCCGACCGGGACUAGAACCCGGUGUGCCAGCGCCGCAAGGCAGAGGAUUAGCCUAGUGAGCCGCGGCGCCGGCCCAAAUAAAUAACUCUUAAAAACAAAAACCAUAUUUAUAUAUGCUUUCAAGCAUUAGCAACUAAUGUUCUAAGAACAACAUUGCAGAACUCCUAAAACCAGGAAGUUAGUUCUUAAACUUAAUGUUUGUCAAAGAGAAACUGUCUCUGUCACAAAAGGAAUGACUGGACUGAACUCAGCUGUUUUAAGUUCUCAGCAAAUAGAUUUAUUUUGUAGAUGUAGAGAACUACUUUGUUUACUGGAAACCAAAGUGCCCAAGCUGUUACUUUGCCCUUUGAAUAGGUAGACUAUUUAGGCUUUAUUUUAAACAUAUUUUCAUUUACUAAAGCAGACAGUUGCUGUGUUGGCAGAAGUGUAAAUCUCAUUUCCUGUCUGUGGUGUACCCCAGUCAUCCUGUCACUAAGACAUGUUGUUUUUAGUUUGUUCCUGUAAUGUGAGUGAAACAGAGUGACCCACAGCAGGGUAGCAUGCGCACACCACAGAUGUAACAAGAGACAAGACUUGUGCAACAGCCCACAAGAGAGCAAUGCUUUAUUUGAAGAUGAAAACAAAACAAAAUCCAGACAGCCCCUCCCAACCAGAAUGCAAAUUUUUAAGUGGCAUCUGUGAAUUCUUAUGUUUUGUUUUUGUAGACAUGUUCCAGUCUAUUUGGCAAGUUACCUCAAAGGUUUUAUCCAGCUUCAUGCCACUCUAUUAAAGAAUAAAAGUGGGUCAACAAUUGACAGCAUUGUAGAGGUGAUUUAAGUUUGCCAAUUAUUUUAUCAUCAAGCAUUCUUUUAUUUUAUGGUCCACUAAUCUACCACAUGUAUUGAGUUCUCUAAUGGUUGUUUUUCAUAUGUGCGACUUGCCCUAAAUUUACAGUUCCUGCUGGAGUGAUGCAGCAGAUAUAACUGUGGAAAAAAACCCUGGGAUUAAUUCAUUCACCAUUACAUAUCUUUGAAGCACCUAAAAUAGCCUGGCACUGUUUCUAUUGCUAAGGAUACAGUGAGGAACAAAACAAAGUCCUUGUUCUCAUGGAGCCUGUCUUCUACAAUGUGGCAGUAGCUCUGAUCAGCAUCAGCGAGAGCUUUCUAACUGUCAAAGGUGCUGCUCUUUUUCUGCCACGGGGAAAUGGCUCAUCCACACCAAGAAUCAGCCACAGACGCAACAAGCAUGCAGGCGAUCUCCAGCAGCAUCUCCAAGCAAUGUUCAUAUUACUCCGCCCGGAAGACAACAUCAGGCUGGCUGUAAGACUGGAAAGUACUUACCAGAAUCGAACACGCUAUAUGGUAGUGGUUUCAACUAAUGGUAGACAAGACACUGAAGAAAGUAUUGUCCUAGGAAUGGAUUUCUCCUCUAACGACAGUAGCACUUGUACCAUGGGCUUAGUCCUUCCUCUCUGGAGUGACACCCUAAUUCAUUUGGAUGGUGAUGGUGGGUUCAGCGUAUCAACAGAUAACAGAGUUCACAUAUUCAAACCUGUGUCUGUACAGGCAAUGUGGUCCGCACUACAGAGUUUACACAAAGCUUGUGAAGUGGCCAGAAUGCAUAACUACUACCCAGGGAGCCUAUUUCUCACUUGGGUGAGUUAUUAUGAGAGCCAUAUCAACUCAGAUCAGUCCUCAGUCAAUGAAUGGAAUGCUAUGCAGGAUGUGCAGUCUCACCGACCCGACUCUCCAGCUCUCUUCACAGACAUACCAACUGAACGAGAGCGAACAGAAAGGCUAAUUAAAACCAAAUUAAGGGAGAUUAUGAUGCAAAAAGAUUUGGAGAAUAUCACAUCCAAAGAGAUACGAACGGAGUUGGAGAUGCAGAUGGUGUGUAAUUUGCGGGAAUUCAAGGAAUUUAUAGAUAAUGAAAUGAUAGUGAUCCUUGGUCAGAUGGAUAGCCCUACACAGAUAUUUGAGCAUGUGUUCCUGGGUUCAGAGUGGAAUGCCUCAAAUCUAGAGGACUUGCAGAACCGAGGGGUACGGUAUAUCUUGAAUGUCACUCGAGAAAUAGAUAACUUUUUCCCAGGAGUCUUUGAAUAUCAUAACAUCCGGGUAUAUGAUGAAGAAGCAACAGACCUCCUGGCUUACUGGAAUGACACGUACAAAUUCAUCUCUAAAGCAAAGAAACAUGGAUCUAAAUGUCUUGUACAUUGCAAGAUGGGGGUGAGCCGCUCAGCCUCCACUGUAAUUGCCUAUGCAAUGAAGGAAUAUGGCUGGAAUCUGGAUCGAGCCUAUGAUUAUGUGAAGGAAAGACGAACGGUGACCAAACCUAACCCCAGCUUCAUGAGACAACUGGAAGAGUAUCAGGGGAUCUUGCUGGCAAGCAAACAACGGCAUAACAAACUCUGGAGAUCUCAUUCAGACAGCGACCUCUCAGACCACCACGAGCCCAUCUGCAAACCUGGGCUGGAGCUCAACAGGAAGGAGAUCACCACCUCAGCAGACCAGAUUGCCGAGGUGAAGACCGUGGAGGGUCACCCACCCAUACCUCCUGUCUUCGUGGAACAUGUGGUCCCACAGGAUGCAAAUCAGAAAGGUCUGUGUACCAAAGAAAGAAUGAUCUGCUUGGAGUUCACUUCGAGGGAAUUCCAUGCUGGACAGAUUGAAGAUGAAUUAAACUUAAAUGACAUCAAUGGAUGCUCAUCCGGAUGUUGUCUGAAUGAAUCAAAAUUCUCUCUUGACAACUGCCAUGCGUCGAAAGCCUUAAUCCAACCUGGACAGGCUCCAGAAGUGGCCAGCAAGUUCCCAGACCUAACAGUAGAAGAUCUGGAGACAGAUGCACUGAAAGCAGACAUGAAUGUCCACUUACUACCUAUGGAAGAAUUGACAUCUCGACUUAAAGACCUCCCCAUGUCCCCUGAUCCCGAGUCACCAAGCCCCCAACCCAGAUGCCAGACUGAAAUCUCAGAUUUCAGUACUGAUCGCAUUGAUUUUUUUAGUGCCCUAGAGAAGUUUGUAGAGCUCUCCCAAGAAACCCGGUGCCGAUCUUUUUCCCACUCAAGAAUGGAAGAACUGGGUGGAGGAAGGGGUGAGAGUUGUCGACUGUCAGUGGUAGAAGGAGCCCCUUCCGAAGCAACCACUGAUGACCAGAGAAGUAGCUCUUUGAGUAAUACUCCCCACGCAUCUGAAGAAUCUUCAAUGGAUGAAGAACAGUCAAAGGCAAUCUCAGAACUGGUCAGCCCAGACAUCUUCAUGCAAUCUCACUCAGAAAAUGCAAUUUCAGUCAAAGAAAUUGUCACUGAAAUUGAGUCCAUCAGUCAAGGAGUUGGACAGAUUCAACUGAAAGGAGACAUCCUAUCCAACACAUGCCAUACGCCAAAGAAGAACACCACCCAUGAGAGGGCCCUGGCUCCAGAGAAUAAACCUGGACAUCUGGAGCAGGAUGAGGGUCUCUACACAGCCCAGCCUGAACUAGCCAAAGACUCAGGGAAGUGCAACCUGGAAGGCUGCCUAACCACUCACCCAUCCACAGCAGACUUGGAGGAAGAAGAACCAGUUGAGGGAGAACAAGAGCCCAGGGGCCCAGGGACACAUUCUGGUGCCAAGUGGUACGCUGGGUCUGUGAGGCGAGCCACCUUAGAGUUUGAAGAGCGCUUACGGCAGGAACAAGAGCACCAUGGUGCUGCCCCUGCGUGUACCUCAUUGUCCACUCGCAAGAAUUCCAAGAAUGAUUCUUCUGGGGCAGACCUAGCACCCAAAGGGAGAAGUGAUGAGACCACCCCAGAACAUUUAUUUGCCCCCAAGGAAUCAGAGAUGAACAAGAGCAAAGAGAAGUGCAGUGGGCCUGAGGCUGGCUCCCUGUCCCACUGUGAGCGGAAUGCCAUUGCUCUGGCACUCAAGCCGCUGGAGUUCCAGCUCUUGCCAGCUCCUCAGGAGUGCCCAGGCUCAGACAGCAGAACAAAGCAGGAAGGAGUCCUGAAAGAGCAGAGGGCUGUAGUUUCGCACCAGGGAACUGACACACAGGCAGCCCCUGCCCCCCUCCCCAAGAGGAUAGAGAUCAUUGAGUAUACCCACACAGCUACCUUACCCAGUCACGCUGGGCCGGGAGGGGAAGCGGUCACCAGCAAAGAGAGUGGGGAGCAAAGACUGAGGAAUGUGAAAGUGGAGAAGGCCAUCACUGUGCUCUGCACACUUGAUGAAAAUCUGAACAGGACUCUGGACCCCAGCCAGUUUGCUCUGCGCCCCCAAGUGCUACCUCUGCCUCAUUCUUCCUCACCUGGGCAUGACAGGCCCACUGAUCCAACCUCUGUGCUGAGCAGCCCUGAAGUCAGGGACAAGAGCCCGUUGACAGCCCUGGAGACAGCAGCCCCUUGUGUCAGUCGCACAACCCACGUACCAUCUGCCAGCUUAGAUUUCCUGCAUCCCCAGACUGUGGUUCACCUGGAAGGCUGCACGGAGCAAAGCAGCACCACAGACAAUGAGCCCUCUGCAGAGCAGGUUGGCUGGGAAGAAACGCAAGAGGUCCCCCUCUCUUGUGGCAGUGAAGCGCCACACACGGGCUCCCAGUUAAGUAGUGAAGAUCUAAGUUUAAUUAGCAAACUUAGUGACAACGUUAGGGAGUCACGGGAAAAACUGGACCUGUCACCUGUAGCUUUUCGGCUCCCACAUAGCUCGAGUAGUGAAAAUAUCAAAGGUCUCAGCAGCAGCCCCGGCGUGGUGAGGGAGCUCACUCAAGAAAUCGAGUCCCGCGUGGUUUUCCAGGCAGGGCGCACCAAGCCACCGGGGAUGAGGCGCUCAGCUUCGCUCGCCAAGCUGGGUUACUUGGACCUCUGUAAGGACUGUUUACCAGAGGGGGAGCCUGGCUCCUCCACAACUCCUCAUCUCAAACUGCGCCAGCCCUUCCUCAGAACAGACUCAGGCACACACGCCCCGGAGGCCCGGGAGCCCCCAGAAGAUCCAGGCGCCCUGCGGAACCCCGAGCCCACCAAGCAUUUUGUAGAGCAACUCAGAACAACAGAGUGUAUCGCACAGAGCAAGCCAGUGGAGAGGCCCCUUGUGCAGUAUGCCAAAGAAUUCGGUUCCAGCCAGCAGUGUUUGCUCCCCAGGGCAGGACUGGAAUUGACUAGUUCUGAAGGAGGCCUUCCUUUGCUACAGACCCAGGGACUGCAGUGCACAGGCCCAGCCCCAGUGCUGGCCGUGGCUCCCCGUCAGCAACAUGGCAGAACUCACCCGCUUAGGAGACUGAGAAAGGCAAAUGACAAAAAACGGACAACCAACCCCUUCUAUAACACCAUGUGAUUCUGAGCCUAUACGUGUGACUUUCUAAUAGAAAUGUUUGUGAAAGGGGCAGGUGUAAUAUGUAAGGAACAUGCACUUUAUUGGUUAAUUUUAUACUAUUUCAGUCAUUUUACUGUUCUCGCGCAUGCAGGGUUUGGGUUUUCUGGUGUGUGUGUAUAUACGUGUGUGUGUUUGUGUGUGAGGGGAGAGAGACUGAUUUUGGACAGCAAGACCAUUUUAUCAUUUUUUGUUUAAAAAAAAACCUCAAAAAGCUCAUUUUCAAAGGACACCUUUUGCUAUCAAAGGCAAAUUGCUGUUUUUCAAUCAGCUGCCACCUGCUCCUCGCUUUGCCCUCUGAGAAAAGACGUGCUUGCUUGGUGAGGGAAGGAAGCAGACUUGGGGGAGGAGGGUGUAGAGAUGAGGCUGGAAACUGGAAGUGUUCCCCGGCGCCCGGUGCUGAUGAUCUGGUUUCCAUACCUGAGGCUCUGUGGGUGGGCUGAAGGGCAGCUGGACAUCAGCUGCCCUCAGCCUCCGGCCCCAGCCCCAGCCCCAGCCCUUUGGAGUCCUUGAAGUGGGCAUGCUUUUUUCAAAAGGGGAUCUUUCAGAAUCUACUGCUUUUGGUAUUCCAGAGUAUAUCCUGUCAGAAAGGCACGGCAAUGGCUGGACUUGUAAAUUUAUCAAGCAAACUAUUUUAUCACCAAGAAAACAAUCUUUCAAAUUUAAAAGAACCCCAAAUGGAAUCCGAGACAAGACGUCUUCUAGGGAGGAAAGCAUGAUGAGAGGAAGAGGAUGCAAAGCUGAGGGUGGAGAGGCCUCUGGGUCCUGGGGGAGCCGCCCAGGUGGUGGUCUUGGCCCUUCCUGCCAGCAGUGUGGGUUGCAGCACAGUGAGACACAGCAGUGACAAGUUUGAAAAACAGCAAUCUAAAGUCAGUGUGUUCUUGUAAAAUGAAUACGUCUGUAGGGUCUUAACCCUUGCAUUACUUGAAUAAUUCUGUAGGCCUUCUGGGUUUAAUGGCCAUUUUUCUUUCCAAUUAUUUUCUUUCCUCAUGCUGCCCAUUUUUUUUUAAUUUCAUAGAUUAUAUUUGAAUUGUUACAUGUAUAUAACCUCCAUUAAAUGCAACGUUUUCUAUAUUAUCACUGUUAACACUUGACAUAAGUUUUGUUUUUAUCCUUUUCCUGGAGUUUGUCAUGCUGUAAAGUUCAUAUACAGUAUUUAUGUACAUAAUGUCACCUUCUUCCAUGUUUUGUUGUUGAUGUAAUGGGGGUCUUUUUCAUUGAUUGUUUUUAAGAAGGAGUAGAGUUGCAACUGGAAAACACACUGAUAGGCAUCGAUAGGAAUCUGCACAGGAUAUUACAGUGGUUUAAUUGUUUCAAUGGAGACUUCUAAUUACCAGCUCCUGCCAAAUUAUGCAUUAGUAAAUUCCUCCUCAGAGAAACCCGUAGAGGCUCCCAUUGGAUCGCAGUGUGACUGACAGUUAAUUUCUCUUUGAGACUAAAAUCCCAGAACACUGCCAGCAGCCGAACCACAGCCAGGGAGUGUCUGUGAGUUGUCCAGGGUGGAAGCUCCUGAUGGAGGCCAGGAGGCCUCUGGGGAGGCCUUGGCCAAGGGCGAGUGCCUGUGAUGACCUCAUUUAGGAUGCUGUUGCUUUGCUGCCAUUGAUCCUUAACACAGGAGUACCCGCCAUACACGAGCCUCUUUCAGCUCUUACAGAAACAUAUUUGGCCUGGAAUGCAACACCCUCUCUGCAGCUCAUCAAAACUGAAGAGGUUUGCACAUUUGCUUCCUGUUGGCUUUGGUUGAUGUCCACAUUGCUAAGGAUUAACCAAGUACAACCUUAAGACUUGGGCUUUUGGUUCAUCACAGCACUGGAAGGAAAAGACAGAUGGCACAGACUGUCAAGGUCAUGCCGGAGGCCAGAAUUUGGCGGGGGCAGAGAGUAGGGUGAUCUGGAAUACACAGAAAAGAUGAACUGGGGCCAUUCGCAGCUGCUCAAAAGGAGCUGUGAAUCCGGUUGCCAUAUUGAGGCCGUGGUUGGGUCUGACGUCACUGCCAGGAGGCAGGUUGGAUAGAAACCACUGGCUAAAGGGUAUCUUUAUAGUGUAGCAGGUAUGUGUGCCUGUGCCUCAGUUGUUUGCUUAAACAUUCAAAUGUAUCUUCUACACCACUAUGUGAUUCUGGGAUGUUUAUGUGUCACAAAGUAUUUGUUAGGCGGUGUGUGCCAUUGUGAAGAGGCCUGCAAGACAGGGCUGUGAGCUUCCAGGGCUCACCCAUCUAAACUGCCUUGUCUUGUUGCAGCAAUUCUGCCACCAGUACGAUGGGGAAAGGACAGGAAGUCAUGGCGUGGAGGUUAAGGAAAUGGCGUCUACUUGCAGUGACCCCUGAGGGGGUGACAUGCCAUGCAAGAAGCCCAGGCAGUGUGGACAGUGUCACCCGUCCCAUCUUCUUCCCUGCCACUGUGCUUCAUGGCACUCUGACUGCUUUCAGUGUAACAGAGAUGGGGAAGAAGCCUCCUAAUGCUAUAAAGAAAAAAAAUAUUUUUUUAAAAAGCAGACGAAACAGUCGUCUUCUGCCUUCCCUUUUAAAAAUUACUUUUUAAUUUACCUUCCUAAAUUAACGUGUAUACAGGGUCUGUAAUUCAACCAUGCCAAGGGGUUUUGUCAACCCUCUCAAACCCCCACAGUAGGAUGUCCUUAAUUUAUUUAUGUGUCUGAGAAAUGUCUAGGAGAGGUAGCUCAUGAGUUGUUGAGGACUUUUCAGACUUUGUUCUCUUCACAUUUGUUGAUAAUUUCGGUCGGCCUCUUUCCCUUUUCUGUUCAUGGAAAGCUCAGACCUAGAGUAGCAGGUUAUCUGAUAAACUGAAAGAAAUGAGCAGGAAAAACCUUGACCUUUUCCCAGUGCCUCUUCUUUAUGUUCUUUUGUGAAAACCACCGUAGUCUGACUUUUGAUUACUCUGGAAAAUGUGUGUGUGUGUGUGUGUGCAUGCAUAUCUCAGUGCCUGGGGCAAAAGCCCCAGGAGCACACAGGAUUUGAGCUAUAAUCUAGAUGGUUACCUGGUCAGUAGGAGAGAAACCCCAACCCUUUCUUAAUUUUUGCAGACACUUAGGAGUAUUCUCUAGUAGAUCUGUAGUACUGUAGUAUAGUAAUGUUCAUCUCUCCUUGUUUUGGUUGCCUUUCAGAUUCUAAAUGUUUAGGAUCAUUCUUGGCAUCUCAGCCUCUUCAGGCUCUUUAUCUAGUGUUCCUGGUUCCUGUACCUUUAUCCCAACUGGUAUAUCCUCUUUCUCAUUUUAGGAACCACCUAAGGCUCCAAGAUCAGCCUGAGGAUGACAGCCCAGGCUCUGAGGUCACGAGCCCCAAAUGCCGUUAGGGUGGAUCUAAAGCUUCCCGCAAGAAGCUUCGGAGACAUAGCGGCUCACAGAAAUCUUCCUGUUUCCUCUGAGGAUUUCAGUUCUGAAGUGAUCUAGGCAUGUUUGGUAAAGAUGUUUUUGUGGGAGUUUUUUUUUAUUUUUAAGAAAGCAUUAUGCAAAAAGUCACUUAAGGGCAUUUUAAACUUUUUAAAUGAAGCCAUUGUUUGGCUUUUUUGGACAACUAUUUGUGGAUACUUUGUUUACAUUAUGAGUGUUAAAAUAUGCAUCAUCUUGUUGGCCAGUCAGUCCUCCAGGCACCCAAGCCCCGGCUGUCCUGUGAGUCCUCACACAACAAUGCCAUAAUGGUCAGCCCUUGGGAAUCAGUGGGUGCGGCCUGGAGCUGACUUCCAUUCAUGUCCUGCACUCCCAUCUAACACUCUCUAUGGAAAUACUCAUUUCCUCAGUGCUGGUGUGUCUUAUAGUGAUGGUUGUAGUGGUGAAUGGUUCGUGUUGUUUUUGUUUUGUUUUGCUUUUUAAUGGUAGACGAUGAAAUUUUAGCUGUUUCAGCAGCAAUCCAACUGAAAAGCAACUUGGACUUUGUUUUCCCUUCCAAACUAAAAGAUCAAGGCAUGUAUUAGACAUAAACGUAUUUGCUGCCUCAAUUCACCCAACACCCGUGUUAGAAAAGGGCCUGCCAGCAAAGCAGGAAGCUACACACUCCUAACCCUUCUCCCAGGGCUUGGGGUCCCUUGACGCCAUGGCGAGCAAUUGCAAGGUGCUUCUGUACUUUUCCAGCCUGGAAGUGGAGGGUGACUGGGCCUGGCUUCUGCUAUGAAAAGAAGACCAGCCUCAUUUUCUCAGUGGCCUGGAGAUCUGGGACAGGAUCUCUAAACUGGAGCCAUCCUUGAGCAGCUUGAAGAUUCCCCUUAGAGGUAUAUGGCUGGUGUCCCCAUCUCCUGUCCUCUCGCCGAUGCUGGGCAGCAUCCUGUGUGCACCUGCAGAGCUCAUACCUGGGGCUUACCUCAAGCUGACAACUGGAUAGCUGGCCCCGAAAUGUUUCCCAGUCAGUAAGUCCACAGGGAAUUGUUUGGUCUCUAGGUUUUAUUCAUUUUGAUUCGCUUAGCAUAGCUAAAGGUGCCUUUUCUUUUUUUCUUGUUUUCUUCCUUUCUUUCUUUCUACUUUAUUUUAUAGGACUUGUCCUAAACAUGGGGAAAAAAAAGUCCAGAAGACUGUGUCACUGACUGUUACCUUUGCCCCAGGCCACCCUAAACUUUUAUGCUCACUUUUAUUAAAUAAAGCAGGUGCUCCCUGGAAUCUCUGGGACCUUUUUGAGGCAUUUGAAGCAGAAAACAGAGUGGUCUCAUCUCCUUCCUUAAUCUCCCUGGUGGCUGGGAUGUUCCACUUGUAUCAUAGACUUUUUAUUACUGAUGUGCUCCGCUGUUUUUAAAUGUGAACUUGUGCGCAAAUGUGCAGAUUCAAUGUUCUUGUUACAGACUGAAUAAAUUUUUAUUUUGACGAUGAAA